AUAUCCAAUGAACAUCGACUUUCGCAAAUGAACUCGGGCCGAAUUCAGAGAUGGAUUCCAUCGGCGAGGCGCGUACGGUCGCAUGCCUCUCCGAGGCAGCUGACUGGAGAGCUUCCACAGCAACCGCCCCACGUUACAACUAAGCACUCGUGGAAUAAGAUACCGAUAGUCGGCGGCAGACAAGAGAGACAGAACAAAAGAAGUACAAGUUUCCUAGAGCGUAGUUCACCGUACAGCUUCCGGAACGUCGUCGUGACGAGAUCGACUAGAUCCACGCGGCCUGGGAGCUUCCUGGUCAAAAAACAGCCACACGCAGCCACACACACGAUACGGUAACCGCUAAAUCGCCAAACCCAUCAUCGCAUCGCUGACGGCGACUGAUGCACUUCACCGAACCUAUCGUCCAGGAUAUCGGAUUCAAGCGCUAAUCACGCAUUCAUGGACAUUUUAUCAUCACCUUCAGGCAAAACGUCUUUGGAAGAUGCCGCGUUCUUGGAGCUGGACGGCAUCAGUCUUCGGGAAAUUUUGGAUCAGGAUUCCCGCCCUACCUUCAUUCUUGAUCUAGAUCCCGAUUCAGUCCACGAUGAGAAAAACGUUGUUCGACCCGUAUUUUGCAACGCCGCCCUGAGACUACACGAUAAGCUCCUUGACAGCAUCAUAGACGCUCCUGAGGAAUACACCGAUACCAAACUUAACUCAGCAACAUACGAUGACUUCCGGAACUGGGUUUCAGGCGUCAGCACCAUCAACGACUCGAGAGACAUCUUUCCCCUCACGCUCUUUUACCAAGGUUUGCUUUGGACGGGUUCUACUGUUCGCCAAAGAUGGCGGUUUAUUUCAGGGAAUGCGUUAUGGCAAGCUUCCGAUAUUCCCAAAGGUGACCUGCUCUCUGUGCCAUCGCAAAGACCAGACGCAGGUAAGCGCCGCCUCAAUGGAGCAACUCCUCAGAAAGCCGUGACUCCUGAGGCUGCGAUACCCACAAACACAUUACGUCCAAGUGUCCAGCAAUCUGAACCGACUUCUAUAACCCCAAGCAAAAACACUAGCAAAUACACCACUGGCAGCAGUUCGUCUGUGAUAUUGGCAAAGCCGGAAUACGCGGUUCCUGACUGGACUGUGCCAACUCCUCUUGGCCUCAUGUCGGAAUAUCUUACUUUCGCAAGGAACAUUGACUGGGCAAACACUCCUUUGGGCGCAAUGGAGACUUGGACUUCUCAGUUUCGCGAACUUGCCAAUCUCGUCAUGCGGAACCCAUCUCCAUGCGCUCUGUUCUGGGGCGAGGAACUGACAAUGCUUUACAAUGAAGCCUAUGCAGCAGAAGCAGCCGGGAACAAGCAUCCUGCACUCAUGGGCACCGGAUUCUCGGGCCCUUUCGCCGAAACUUGGGAAGCCAUUGGCCCGAUAUUUCGUGAAUGCGCGCGGACCGGCAACAGUAUACGACGAGAAAAUGACGCAGUAGCAAUUGAACGGAAUGGCUACUUGGAAGAAACGUUUUUCUCCUGGUCUUUCAUACCUGUUUUUGGGGGCACAGAUCGAAUCUUAGGCUUUUUCAAUACUCCGUUUGAGACGACAUAUCAAACGCUCAGCGCCAGAAGGUUACAGAUGCUACGCUAUUUAGACGAAUGUCUAAGUGCAACGAAAACGGUCAAACAAUUUUGGCGGCGGCUUCUUGAGGGGUUGGAGCAGAGUCAUUUUGAUGUACCAUUUGCUUUGUUGUACUCAAUUGUCGAUUCGGAUGAUGCAGAUACAGCAUCACAUUCUUCAGACAGCACCAUAUCGCUAAAGUCUUGCCAUCUUGAAGGCUCCAUUGGCAUUCCGAAAGGACAUCCUGCGUCCCCUCAAAGACUCGACCUCAAGCGAAGCCAAGAGGGCUUUGUACCGGCAUUCAGGGAGGCCAUGCGUACUAGAGAGCCCACUACGCUACAAACAAAAGAUGGUACACUUCCAGAAUCUUUGCUCGAAGGAAUUGAUUGGCGUGGCCACGGAGAUCCUUGCAACAGAGCGAUCAUCUUCCCAGUUCGGCCGACGAACGGUGAGAAUGUGUUUGCCUUCCUGCUGGUUGGCGUAAAUCCACGUAGGGCAUACGACGAAGACUACAAAGCUUUCGCGACUAUGCUCAACAGACAAUUAGCCACUUCCUUGGCAUCUGUCCUACUCUUUGAAGACGAGGUUCGUCGGAGCAGACGCGCUGCAGAAACUGCACAAUUGCAGCGGGAGCAGCUCACAAGGGAAUUGGAAGUUCAGACCAGCCGUAUGCGCCGGAUGACCGAACAUUCCCCUCUUGGCAUGUACCUCUACAAUCCAGAGGGAGUUCUGAUCGAAGCAAAUGAGAAGUUUUUCGAGAUAACUGGAGCGCCAAAGGAUGGCGAUGAUGAGCUUGGAUUCUUGGGGCUGGUUACCGAAGAAAGCAAGACCCUAGCCCUGGACAUGUGGAAUGAGAUGAUGAGCACCCUUAAGCCAUCGACGCGUCCGCUACAGCUUAAGAGCCCAGUCGUACAGCCUCGAGAUUUGAAUGGGGAGCCUAUCGAGUGCUGGGUUAUGGCAUACUCUCAGCCUGACUUGAACCCUGGUGGUGAACUGGUCAGUGUCAUGGGUUCAAUUACGGACAUUUCUCAUAUGAAAUGGGCGCAAGGACUGCAAGAGAGAAGACUACGAGAAGCCGAAGAGACGAAGCGGCAACAAAACGAGUUCAUUGAUAUUACUUCGCAUGAGAUGAGAAACCCGCUAUCCGCAAUCCUUAUCUGCUCGGACGACAUCCGAGAUACCUUGACGCAACACCAGUUUUCUAGCAACGAUCAGCAAGUGAUUACAGAUUGCAUCGAAGCGGCCAACAAUAUCGCAUUAUGUGUGCAACAUCAGAAGUCGAUUGUAGACGAUAUCCUCACUGUCUCGAAGCUCGACUCGAAUUUGCUGCUCAUUACCCCGAUCCCAGCGCAACCAGUCGAGGUCGUCCAGCGGGCUAUGAGCAUGUUCAAGCCCGAGGUUCAAGCUAAGGAUAUUCAGUUCAAAUUCUGCCCCGAUGAGUCCCUACAACGGCUUGGCAUUGAUCAGAUAUUACUUGAUCCUAGUCGAUUGCUCCAAAUUACAGUCAAUCUCAUCACUAAUGCAAUCAAGUUUACGCAAGCCUCACCUGAGCGAUCGAUAUCGGUCCAUAUCAGCGCCUCGACCGAUAAACCAGACUUUUCAGCCCAGGGGUUCAAGUUCGUUCCAACGAGGAGCACGCUCAUCGUUACUGCUGGAGAGGAUUGGAGCACGAGUGAACUGUUGUAUCUGCGAGUCGAGGUCCAAGAUACUGGUUGCGGACUCACUGUGGAAGAGAAGGAGCUUUUGUUUGAACGAUUCGCGCAAGCGUCGCCCCGUACACAUGCGCACUACGGCGGAAGUGGGCUGGGUCUUUUCAUUUCCAGGCAACUAGCCGAACUCCACGGCGGCCAGAUAGGUGUCUCGUCCCAGGCUGGUGUAGGGAGCACUUUUGGUUUCUUCAUCCAAUGCAAGAAGAUACCUUCUACCAGUAGACCGGGUCUUUCGCGGAGGACAACAGGCCAAUCCGAUAUGGUCAAAUCACCCCGGAAGUCGGUCACUGUCGUGUCUGAUCUCAAAAAGCCCAAGGUAGCCAAACCAAAAUCCAUGGAACUGGAACGGUUGCAUGUCCUCAUAGUCGAAGACAACAUCGUGAACCAAAAGGUCCUGUCGAAGCAGCUCAUCAAAUGUGGGUUCAUCGUUAGCACCGCUGAUAAUGGCAUCUUCGCGCUCGAACACCUCCAGAAGACGGAAUUUUACACGCAAGGCGGCAUGCCUCUCUCCGUAAUUCUCAUGGACCUUGAAAUGCCGGAAAUGGACGGCCUUACAUGCUGCAAGCGGAUCCGCGAGAUGGAAGCUGAGGGAACCCUGAACUCGCAUGUCCCCAUCAUUGCCGUGACGGCGAAUGUGAGAGUCGAACAGAUUGCCACAGCGAAAGAGAGCGGAAUGGACGAUGUGGUGUCGAAGCCUUUUCGAGUUCCGGAAUUGCUUGCGAAGAUCAAGAGCUUGUUGGAACAAAUGGCGGCUCAGUGAUAUCGUGUUGUAUGGUAAUUGAUGAGAUGCAUGGUAUAGAACGUAUACAAUAGAUCAGAAGAAUUCUCGUAUAUAACAACCAAUUGAAGAAGACACAGAC